GAGGCUUUCUGCAAGCUCCGCCGCUCCAUGCACCCCACCUCGCCAGCUGACAUCGAUCCUAAGGUCCACAGCAUCGUGGAAAGAGCUGUGAGGAGCAUUCUGGGCGAGCAGUCCAAUGAGCCCCAUAGCAACCUGCUCAGCCCAUCUCAGGUGGUGGUGGAGGUGGUGCCCAGGCUCCUCCUGGCCCUGUGGCUUCAGCCAGAGGAAGGCCAUUCAGAGCACCCAAUCCUAAUAAGCGGGAUGGCCGUGGGCAUGGUGGCGGCCGUAGUGGAGAAGCUAUCCUGCAUGUUAAAGGACCCUUCCCCUCACAUCCCUUUCUCCCGGGCUGCUGCUUUUGACUCUGUGCAGUCGAUCCUCGGGAGAAUCAGUCAGUCCUUCUCCACCGAUGACCUGCAGAGCCCUUUUUAUAUGAGCUCUGUCUGUGCCUUUGUGGCGGACGAGGUGCAGAGCUGCUUCCAGCCCCCUGCAGCCACCCUACCAGUUCCCCCUGUCCUCGCGGUGGCCGUUUCCACCACACUACCAGCUGACAUCCAAGCAGACCCGGCUUCUUCCCACCUGGAGGUUGUGGACAUCACCCCUAACAGAGAGGCAGAUCAGGAUUCUUCCCACCUGGAGGUUGUGGACAUCACCCGUAAGACAGAGGCAGAUCCGGCUUCUUCCCAACUGAAGGUUGUUGACAUCACCCCUAACACAGAGGCAGACCCGGCUUCUUCCCACCUGAAUGUGGUGGACAUCACCCCUAAUACAGAGGCAGAGCCCAUCUCUUCCCUCUUGGAGGUUGUGGACGUCACACCUGAAGAAAGGACUCUCACGAUGGCCGUCUCCGCCACUCUGCCAGCUGACAUCCAAGCAGGGGAUGUUGCUGUGGUCAUCUCGGAUGUCACCCCACACGUCACCAAGGACGUGACACUGGAUGUUCCAUGCAGAGCUAGGAAAGGGGCAGUCCGGCGAUUAUUUUGCAGGCUUUGGAGGGCAGUGUGCUGCUGCGCCUGCCACAAGGAAGAGAGGAACAAUAUUAAUUAUUCAUCAGACCUUCAGAAAUGGGAUUGAACCAUAGACCAUUAAAUUAUAAUUGGACUCAAUUCUGCUUUUCUUCUGUUUACUACUUAAUUUCAGAACUUUUCUAUAAACUUUCACUUUGCAAGUGUGGAGUAGGUUGUGUAAAUAAGUGGGAAACAUCCCAAUUUUAAUGCUUUUAAUAAUUUACUUGUACAUUUAAAAACAAAUGUAUUAUUUGACAACAAAAAAACAGAGGGCGCUCAACCAAUGUUGAGUUGAGGUGCAACCAAAAAUUUGAAUCAUCAUAGAAAAGGAAAUAGCGCAACUCUUGCUCACUAUAAAAAAAAUGCAUUGUUUUAUUCAGGCAAGGUUAAAAGUUUAACGUUUCGGCCUAGUCUAUGAUGAUAUGCAAGUUGUGUUUGCCCAGGAAAAGGGUGACCCAGACUCACCCUGGUUCUUGAGGGUUGAAGACAGUGAAAAAUGAUCAUUAAAUAAAUGGGACUUGUCAAUUCUUGAAUAAAAAUCUUCAAUGAACAUGAAUUUAAAUACAAUUGACUUGAGGA